ACCGUGAAAAUUGUUGUUUCUAUCAACUCUUGGUUUGGAAAUAUGGCGGAAGAGUGCCUCUCAGCUGGAUUGUUUUGGAAAACCAUUACCUACCUUAGUAACAGAAAGAUUGUAUCAGAAUGAUAAUGAAAUCGAACCCGGAUUUAAUUGCACAAGAGAGCACUGGCGAUAGUCAAUUUUUGGAAGGUCGAUAUUUUGAUAUCGCCCUUGCAACACGGUCGCUGAUAAUUAUAUCGCCAAAGGUUAACUCAAAAGUAUAAAAGACCCAGAUGUUUACUUGGCCCCGACAUUUCCCAAAGAAAAAAUUACAAUGGCCAAGUUCGUAAUCCUCCUCGUCGCAACCGUCGUCCUUCAGGUGGCUUUGGCUAAGCCCAAGCCCGCCUCGCAAGACAUCCACUUCGACCAGUUCGUUGGAAACAUGAACACCAUGGGCAAGGAUUUCGCCGAAACCUUCAAGAACGCGAUGCCCGCUAAGAAUGACGUAAACAACGCCCUCGUCAGCGCAUCCAAAACCCUCUCCGAAACCGUUGAGCAAGGAAGCAAGAGCUUAAGCGAACACAUUGAGACCAACAAGCCCCUCGUCGAAAAGUUGGUGAAGGAAACGGCCGGCAAAAUUUCCGAGAAAGUCGCCUACGCCAAGGGAGUGGUCGAGAGCGCCAGAUCCAAGGGCCAACUUGUCAAGGAGGUCAUCGACUCCAACAUCAAGUCGCUCCUCGCCGAAGGCAGGAAGAUGGAAGCUGAACUUCAACCCCACAUUGCUCACGCCAAGGAGCAUUUGGCCAAAUUGGCCGGUUCCUUCUUCAGCGUGUUGAAAACCGCCGGUGAGCGCUUCAGGGCCGACAUCGCUAAGGCCAUGGAAUAAGUAGCGUUAUAGAAGUUAAGUAAUUGUCCCAUUUCUAGAUAGUGUAUCUAAUUACUUUAUAAAUAUAAGUCAAUUUUUAUCUCCUAGUUA